UAUGGAGACAGAGAGCAUAAAGUCAGGGGCUAGCGAGCAUAGCCACAGCCACCACAGUAGGAGUUCAUCGAAACAUUAUCGGUCACACAGUAAUAAGACACAGCAUCAUAGGCAACAUUCUCAUCGAAAUUCCAGGAACAACAGAAGUCAGCGCAAGGAAAGGCCGACCUUCGACUCCUGUGAAAUGGCGCCAUUCCAAACAACCGUAAAUGUUCGUGUGAAUAGUGUAGAAAAUGUGGGGCAAGAAGUUAUCGAAGUACAAAUUCUCCCCCAAGAUGAAAAUUGGGGGGAGAAUACAACUGCCGUGACUGGAAAUACAUCAGACCGUUCAGAAUCAACUGAGGAUGUCAGUCACUGGCCGAUUGAAACAGACGGGGCAUUUAAUUUCACAUGUAAUAGAUACUUAGCACCUGUUGUUGCUGCAGCACUUGGUGUCGGUGCCUUUUUGAGUCCACUUGCGAUGGUUGUACUGCCAAAAUUGGGCUUCUUCCCUGAUUCAUCAACGGUAUUAACAAUGCAACAGAGACUGCAGCUUUUAUCGUGCAAUGCCGAGUGCAAGGGACAAUUACUCGGCUUGGCGUUUAAGUUAGUGUUACUGGCGAUUGGAAGCUGGGCUAUUUUCCUCAGGCCUAGGAAUGCAACAAUGCCCAGGGUAUUUUUAUUCAGGGCUGGAGUACUUGUGCUGACGUUACUCUGCAUCUGCUCUUAUUGGCUAUUCUACGUUGUACAGGUGACGGAGAGUGCAAAAACCGCGGCCAAUGGUGAGAUAACCGAGUACAAAAGUUUAGUCAAUUACGCUGGGACAUUUGUGGAUACUCUCCUCUUCAUCCAUUACGUCGCAGUCCUCCUAAUUGAAAUUCGUCAUCUCCAGCCAACAUUCUACAUUAAAGUGGUGAGAUCGCCGGAUGGAGAGUCACGAUCGUAUGCAAUAGGUGACUUGUCAAUCCAGCGUGCAGCAGUCUGGGUAUUGGAGAAAUACUACACUGAAUUUCCAGUGUACAAUCCUUACCUGGAUCGUCUCCCAGUGUCUAAAUCUGGCCGUAAGCAAUCGAGUUUCAAGUUUUACGAUGUCGAUGGUGGGGUCAAUGCAAAUGUUCCACCAACACCCCAACGAGGGGGUGGAGACAGAGCUGUAUUGGCAGCCCAGGCACGAAGAAGAGACUCGUCUCACAAUGAGAGAUUCUACGAGGAGCACGAUUAUGAAAGGAGAGUUAGAAAGAGAAGAGCAAGACUGAUAACAGCAGCUGAGGAGGCAUUUGCUCACAUUAAGAGACUGCAUUCAGAGGCUGAAUUGGCACCAAAUCCCGGCCCAAUGGAUCCCAUGGAGGCUGCACAAGCUGUAUUUCCAUCAAUGGCACGUGCCCUACAGAAAUAUCUCAGAGUAACUAGACAGCAGCCAAGGCAUUCGGUUGAAUCGAUACUGGGACGUCUUGCAAGAUGUUUGGCACAGGAUGCUGCACCCAAGGCAUUCCUCGAACCUUUCUUCACUGCCAGCCCUGUCCUAUCCAAUGAGAAAGAACGCCAGAGAAAGUCACAUCAUUGGGCACUCGUUUGCGAGGGUGAAUUACCAUCGAGAUCGUUGUCUCAGGGCUGUGAAUUUCAAUUGCGUCAGGGAGAAGUCGCAUUACUGUGCACUGCGUACAGAUUGCCACAUUUCAGUUUGACUGAACAACUUGCACAUCCAAAAUCCAAUAAAUUCCUUCUGAGAUUAAAUUCGGAAACGUCAGUCUGA